AUGGCCGAGCUGCACCGCCCCGGAUGGGUCCCGAACCGCCCCCGAGAGCCCCGCACCGCCCCCGAGGGCCCCGCACCGCCCCCGAGCGCCUCGCACCGCCCCCGAGCGCCUCGCACCGCCCCCGAGCGCACCGCACCGCCCCCGAGAGCCCCGCACCGCCCCCGAGAGCACCGCACCGCACCGCCCCCGAGCGCCUCGCACCGCACCGCCCCAAGCACCCUGCACCGCCCCCGAGCGCCCCGCACCGCCCUCGAGAGCUCCGCACCGCCCCCGAGAGCACCGCCCCUCACCGCCCCCGAGAGCCCCGAACCGCCCUCGAGAGCCCCGCACCGCCCUCGAGAGCACCGCACCGCACCGCCCCCGAGAGCCCCGCACCGCCCCCGAGCGCCCCGCACCGCCCCCGAGAGCACCGCCCUGAGGGCACCGCCCCCGACAGCCCCGCACCGCCCCCGAGAGUACCGCACCACCGCUUCUCACGGUCCCGGGAAUCGCGGUUCCCCCCGCCCGUGGGGCCGGGCUGCUCCGCUCCGCUCCUGGGGCGGGGCCCGUUCCCGGUUCCCCGUUCCCGGUUCCCGGUUCCUGGUUCCCAUCCAGCCGCCGUCGCGGGAUCACCUGGCCCUGGGAGACGACGAGCCCAUGGCCAGGAAGGAGCCGCUGCUCAGCGCCCUUAAAGGAGGGGUGCUGCGGCUGCGGGAGGGCGGGGGCCCCUGCACGGACACCUCGCCGCACCUCGUGUCCCUCUGCCAGCUGCUGGAGAGCAUCCUCCGCAAGGGGCUCCGACAACCGGCCUGGGGCUUCCGCAGGCGGGAUUACUGGCACUGGCUGGAGCAGCUCCCCGCGGGGACCAGCGGCCGGCCGGACCUUCUGUCCGUCAGCCUCCGGAGAGCCGCGGGCUGUGAGCGGACGCGGACGGCGCAGGGCCGCGGGCGGCACUUUCUGCGCUUGGCCCUGCAGGGGAAGGUGCUGGCGGUGGCCGUGAGGCAGCUGGCACAGACCCCCCGACUCCUGGAGUUUUAUGAUCCAGGGAGCUCCAUCCUCGGCAGUGAAGAUCUCCGGGAGCCUUUCCUCUCGCUGCUGCUGGUGCUGACAGAGAUAGAUUUCUCCCUGGACCUGCAGAAUUGCAGCUUCUUGGACGAGAGCUGGCUGCUGCCGGUGUGCAGUACUUAUGAGACAGUCCCGUGCCAAACACUGGGGAUGGUGCUCAGGUACGUGGAUGGCCGAGUCUUUGUCACCAAGGUGCUCCCCGAGAGCCAGGCAGAGGUGGACGAGGUGGUGCUGGCCGGUGACAUCCUCGAUGAGAUCAACGGCUGCUCGCUGAGAGACGCCUCCCCCGGGCAGGCUGGGGCUGUGCUGCAGAGGCUGAAGGGACAACCGCUCACCUUCCACCUGCUCCGGUGGCGGUGGCACGACGGGACGGUCUUUGAGCCGCUGCUGCCCUACCUGAAGGCCCUGAAGGAGAAGGAGCCCCACUUCCAGCUGCAGCGCAGCCCCCGGCACAGGGGCGAGGGGGAGCCCCGGCAGCUGCAGGGGGGCAGGCUGCUCUACAACCUGCGGUUCCUGGGCCAGACCAGCGUUGGGACGUAUGGUGGCAAAGAGGUGCUGGAGGGGGCCAUCCCUGCCGUGCUGGAGAAGAACUUGGCAGCACGGGAGGUUUUAUUGGAUGUGAAGGAGGCAGAAGUCCUUGUGCAGGAGAAGGCUUCUUCCAAGCUCCUGGGCCGCCAUCCCUACCCCUCCAUCUCCUGCGUGGGACGCUGCACGUGGAGCCCCAGGAUCUUCGCCUUCUGUGUGGUCUCUUCCCCCGAGAGCCCUGAUGGGAGCACGUUUGACUGCCUGGUGUUUGCAUCCAGUUCUGAGCAAGAAUGCGAGGAAAUCGUCAAGAGAAUCGCUACAGGGUUUAAGCACACCGAGUGGUUUGUCUGAGGGAGAAGAGCGUGAUGAGGCAGCAGUGUCCCAGCAGCAGCUGAGGGACGCAGGCCCUGCCGCCCAGAGCGAGGUGGGAUGGAGUUCAUGCUCUUCCUCAGCUUCGUGGUGGGAGAGCACCAACAGCCAGCUCCAGUUUACUCACGGCUGGUGGGAACUGCUGCUACUCUUCCCCCAGGACAGCAGAACACUUCCACUGGAAUAAAUCAAGCCGGGCUGGCUCAACCGCUUCCCUGUGCUGCUUCCUGUGACAGCUCCAGCCUUACUCGUAGAGCCUGUUCUGGCAGGGCUGAGCAGCCUUGCCCUCCACGCAGUGUUGAUUACCACAGUUCAGCUGCAGCCUGAGCACUUUCCUCCACCACAGCCCAGCAGGGCCUGGCAGCUGAGGAAGCCAGACCUGCCUCAGCCCAGCCUGAAGCAAAGGGUCGAGUUCAAUCACAUCCCAUCCAAAAAUCGGGGUGGGAAACGAGAAUCCCAUGGAGCCCCAGCCAUGUGCUCAGCAGCCAUCUGCUGCCAGCCCUACAAUCAGCUGCUCCCCUGGCACACCAUCCCCGUGCAGAGCCAGGACUGGCACAGCCCAAUCCCACGGGAACACUUCCCCCCUGCUCUCAACAGCCAGGUGGUUUUGCUUCAGCCAGACCAAUACAAGUCCAAAAUAAACUUUCCCUGCAUCCACUGGGAAGGAAGAAAGAACUUAGAGCUAAGCUUGUGCCCUGACUAGAGAAAAGUCCCCCAAAAAGCCACUGCAGCCUCGGCCAGUCCUCCUGGACCCGACACAGCUGGAGGGCCCCGCUGGCCACAGCAGGGACUCAAG